UUGGUAUGCAAGCAUGCAAGUUUUAGGACCAUCCUUUGGUCAUGAUUGACGUGGAUUCUAAUGAUGUGACAUGGCGUCUAGUCCGAAAGCUUUCAUGCAAUUAUGCUUGGUCAAAAUAAUAAAAACAAAAUCCAGAUAAGCAAGUAGCUCAAUCAAAUAGUGCAAACAAAAAAAAUUUAGAGGAAGAAACUCUAUCCAAGUAUAGUAUACCGAGAGCAGAAAAUAUUCAGGCAAUUAUUUAUCCUGUAAUCAAACACAAUUUAUCAGUGGUGUGAAUUCAUUACUUCCUAAGAAUGGAGCCAUCUCAGAAAAAUGUGCUUGUACCGAUUGCAUACGGCAGUGAAGGAUCUGAGAUUGUAACUCUGAUCGAUGUUUUCAGCUAUGCUGGUGCCCAUGUUACGGUGGCCUCAGUUGAAGGGGACUUGCAGGUUGUGUGUUUGAAUCAUGUAAAGUUGGUUGCAGACAAGUUCAUUUCAGAGUGUGUGUCCCAUAAAUUUGACCUUGUUAUCCUACCGGUUAGGAUCAGUAAGAAGAUGUGUGAAGAUGGAGAAGGACUCACCAAUAGGAAGGACAAAGUCUACAAAUCAGCAAGGAAAGCAACUUCAAAUUAAGGAAAGAUUUCAACA